GUGGAAUCUACGACGAUCAGAAGUUUUCACUUGGACAUGUCCUUUAUUGCUAUCGAAAGAUGGAGGGGUCCGAUUUACUAUCCCAAAACUAAAUUCAUUUCAUCCUCGUUUUUUGAAACUUAUUAGUUUUGUACUGAUCAAAAAUGGUAAUUUUGAAAAUUAUGUGGUAGUUCAAGUGUCCGUAUAGUAGUUCUAACGUACUCAACCGUCAGCUGGGGAUUUUUGACGUAGCAGUAGAUCGUUUCGCAUUGCAUGCCAAUUUGAGGUUAUUUUAUUUAUAAAUGUAGCUGUAGCCAUAAUUAUUAACGUAUUUUCGAAAGUUUCGGUAGCUGAAGAUGGGAUCUUUAGAGCAACUCUCCAAUUUGGGAUGGCACAUUUCGCCCACGGGAUACGAUGUUAUUUCUGCGAAUAGAACUCUUAGCAAUAGUGCGACAAUCACCAACGCCCUAAACACUGAUAUAAGAGAUUUCGGAAAUCCAACCUUGGUGCAGGAAAUGAAACAAACUAAGACAGGGACGCUGGUGUUGCAGAUACAAAAAAUCAAAAACGUCUCCGCCCCCAAAAACAAAGAAAACUCGAGCGCAGCUCCUCGCAUGUUAAAGUUAACGCUGACAGACGGACAUACUAGUUGCCAAGCUGUCGAAAUUUCGUAUAUUAGUUCAUUGUCUACCUCGAACACACCGCCCGGUUCAAAGGUUUUGUUGAACUCUGCUGCUGUUUCAGGGAACUAUGUUUUGCUCACGCCGCAGUCUUGCAAAUUUCUAGGGGGCCAAGUGCCGCAUCUUUAUGACAAAUGGGAGCUUACAAAGCAAGUGUCUGAACAAAUGCGAUCGUCUGGUGAAGUUGAUGGUCCUCCGCCGUGGGUGAAUUUUGGGGAAAAAAUCGUUCAGCUGCAAUCAAACCAGUCUUUCAAGUCUUUGGUUAAUAAAGAAAUAAAGCAAGACGAUUUCGACAUUCAAAGGCAAGAUGCGAUAAAUGUGGUAGCAACUGGGGCAGUGAAAAAAGUGUUUGGUGGAGGAAGUAAAACGGUUCCUCUUGUGGGAAGCCGUAGACCGUAUAACAACGAGAGAGGCUACAAAAAAAGAGAUUUCAAAGAGAAGAAUGUGGAAGUACAAAAGGCGCCCGAUAAAGUUUCCCUAUUCAAUUUCUUGGAGAAUAAGUUACAAACAAAUGAUAAUGACAAUAAACGCAAUCAUACACUGCCGCCUAAAUCAAAUGUAGAUAAAAAAAAGGAUAACGUAAACGAUGCAAUUCUUCAUGCUGUACAGAGAUCUUUUGAAAAAACGUCAAUAAGCGAUAACAACUCGGGUACAUGGAGAUGGAAAAUUGGCGAUUUGUGCAUGGCAAAAUAUUGGGAAGACAAUAAGUAUUAUAACGCAACUGUAAUUAAUUUAACAGAAAAGACCUGUGUGGUACAAUUUAACGGUUACGGUAACGUGGAGGAGGUAGUUCGGCAAGACUGUAUACCUGUAAAUUGUGAUAAUAACGAAACCUACAAAAACACACGUAACUAUUAUAAAGGUUCGUCCAAUUAUAAAUAUAAGAAGAAUUUUAAUAAUCGUUAAUCGUCGUACUUUAAUUUUCAUCGUGUUUUAAUUUAUUUUAUUUAAUUAAAAACUAACAAAGCAA